AUGACUACAGCCGAGGCUUGUAACCUUGAGAGAAUGCAACUUAUAUUCAACGAGAUCCAGCAGUGCGAUACAAAGAGAUAUUCGGAAACAUUGAAGGAGAUGGUGGAGAUGUUAACUACACAGGAGCUUUUUGAGGAAUUCUGCAAGGUCAUAAACAUUAUCCUUGUAUGCAAAAGGACGAGCAUCCCGUCUAGAAUAUCCAAUUUCCUCCGAAGAACAUUUGAAGAUGUAUCGGAUGUUCCAAAGGGUGCCGAGUUUGUUCUCCAGGUGUUCUGCUACCUUUCCAAGCUUGCAGAGUCGAAGAUCGCAAAGGUGAGAAAAAACUCCCUCUCUCUUCUCAGAUUGUUAACAGAGACAGUGGGACCAGAGGCUAUUGGAAAUGGGUUUCUGGAAAGGAUUUCAGAGAGGUUGUUUGAUAAAGAAAAAGGAGUAAGGAAAGAAGCACUAAAAGUUCUUUCCAGUUACCAGGGAAUGGAAUUGAAUCCAAAGGUGAGGAUUGUAAACUUGUUCAAGGACAUAGUCAGGCACGAUCCAAGCGACGAAGUAAGAGCUCUUGCUUUGAGCCUGAUCUCUAUAGAUCAAUCGACCUAUGGAUGCAUAACCGAAAGAUGUAUGGAUGCAAAUGAGUCAAUAAGAAAGAUGUUCUACGAGAAUUGCCUUCUAGAAAUUGAUCUGAAGGGUCUUUCUCAGGAUCGAAGGAUCCUUUUGAUGGAAAAGGCUAUACUCGAAAGGGAGUUUGAUGCAAAGGGACUGCUGAUUGAUGCCAUACUUGCAGCAUACAAGCUCCCUUCUGAACUCAAGGCUAUGAAUGAAUCCUUCUAUAGCAGAUCUUCUCAGAGGUAUCUGGAGACUUUGCUUAGGGGGAUUUUUGAAAGAGUCGGGUGUGAGAAAGAGUUUGGAUAUCUCCUUUCGGAGCCUUCGGAAGAAAAUACCUUUCUGUCAAGGGUUGAGCUCCUAUACAUAGAAGAAUUCUUUGGAAGAGAUGACCUGCAGCUCCCAGACCUCGAGAGUUUUGUUACUGUGAUGUAUCAGUCGUGCCUUUCGGUUGUUGAGUCUCGAGACGCCCUGGAAAGAGAAGUAAGGGUUGAAGCAAUGAAGAAUCUGUUCAAGAUUGCCCGAUUCUACGAUUUCUUUAAUGAGACAUCCAGAAAGUACAUUCUUAGCGCUGUUUAUAAGCUCCUUGGGAAGAAUUCCGUAGAAGAAGUUGUGGAGGAGGCAAUGCAGAUAGCAAGUCUUGUCUGUGACGACGAUCUGAAUAGUUUCAUAGGAAGUAUCAUAAAGAAAAAUGCAAAGGCUUCUCCAAGGGUAUGUCUGAUGGUAUGCAAGCAGGUCAUGAAACACAUUCAUCCCUUUGGACAACUUCACGAAGCAAUAAUAGAAGAGAUUGUCUUGCCUAACUUAGGCUUGCAAGAAACAGUCGCAGAGAUACUGGAGGUGGGGUUUUAUUAUGUCUUAAACAAGACUCACCAUGCAAUCACUCAGAGUCUUAUUCACAACAUAGAAGCAGAUAACAAGGUGCUUAAGAUGUGUGUGGAUCUUGCACUCUCUCCCAAUGGUGAAGAACUGCUAAGCCAUGUCUUAAGAUACAUAGAGAAGAAGUUGGAGGAUGGGGAAAGUGAGGACAUCAUAAUUCCAGGCUCUAAGAUAGUAUUAUCCAAAACCAAAGCUCCAAAAGAGCUCCGAGAAAAGUUCAUUGCGUUUGCACUUGAGAGAUAUUACCAUACACAGGAUGACCAUCUCAAGCAGUAUUGCAGCAUACUGUUUUUCGAACUGUUUUCGGAAGACAGUUCCCUUCUUACUUCCGUGUUCUGUGGUCUCCUCGAGGCCCUGGGAUCCUCGUGCAAGGUAUUUAUCGACCAAUCUCUCUAUUGGAUAGGAAACAGUAGGUAUCCUAACGGAUCACAGCUCCUCUUCUACAAUAUCUGUGUUUAUCUUGCAGGUGGAUAUGGAAAGGAUCAAACCAAAAAGACCCUUCUCAAGGUUCUGGAGAGAAUAGAGGUCUUAAGAUGCUGGGACCCAAGAAUUACCAAGAAGAUCCUGUUCUGCUGUCCUCUAAUGGCAAAAAAGCUGGGAGGCAGGUUCAAUGUAAGCGAAGUAACAGGAAGGCUGAGAGAAAUAGACGAUGGUGUGCCUAUUUCCCCAGAGGACUUGUGCGACGUAAGGAAGGAUCUGGAGAAUUGA